GAAAUUCUCAUUCGGCGCUGUUGGAUUUAAUUGUUGUCCGACAGAAAGUGAGCAUCCCUUUAACAGCGGCAUCCCUUUAACAGCAGCCAAGCGUCCGUUGCCAUGGGUACCGUGAGGCAGCGGGAAGAAAGAGACACGAAUGACAAGGCUAGAUGCUAGCUAUCAAAAGUUUACUCAACGAAUAAGUUGCUUUUGUAUAAAUUGUAUUAAUGUCACAGUUUAGGGAAAAUUGUACCUUUCUUGUCUCCCUGCGUGACACCAAUUUACUUUAGCUAAAACAACUUGCUCAGCUGCCGAGUUGACUAACUAGCUAGGCUACAACUAACUUAGCUAGCCUAAGCAUUGAUAUGGCAAGUCUAGGCAAAUCCACUGGCAAAACUCCCAAAAAGGAGGCGAGACCUCGGACCCCGCCAGAGAAGAAACGUCUGAAAGUGUCAGAGGAUUUCUCCUCGUGUCUGAGUGAAGAGCAGCCUCAGAGCCCCACUCUUAAAGGAGAGGACAUCCAGGCCCUGGCCAUCAGACCUGAGGACCUGGAGAAGUUGCGGGUGCCCCAGCCCCCUAAAGAACCCCAGAAACCUACAGCUCUGACCCGCGUGCUGGUGCGUAAGACCCGCCCACCUGAUGACAUCAGAAAGGGGGUGAGGGUAGCGGUGGCCCGCCCCCUGGCCCAGGACACCACCACACAGCCACUGGACUACACAGGACCGGGGGGACCUCGCUUCGAUGCCCAAGGGAUGGUCCUCCCCCACAGCAUUCUGGGUAGUCUGGAGGACUUCAGGACAGAGAUGCAGGCCAGGGGAGAGACUGAGCUGGUGAGGAGGGUGCCAGCCCCUCAAAGCGCCGUCUCCCAGGUGUUGAUAGGUGCAGAGAGACCCCCUUCAGUCCCCAGGGGUCAGAGAGACGUCCAGAGCCAUGCCCUGCAGCACUGGCACACACACAUGACCCAGAGACGACACCAGCAGGACCUUAUCUCCAACCUGCUCCAGAAGCCAGUAGAGAGGCUGUUGAUGAACCAGUCCAACCGUUUCAGAGAGACUCAGGAGCAGAGAGAACUGAUCACCCGAGGCCUGCCAGCCAUACACUCUGGACAGGGUUACCGUGUAGGCAGUGAGUUCUGGAGCCUCCCUCAGAGGUUUGGUGAUGAGCUGAGUGGUAUCUCAGCCACCCUGACCCAGACACAGAGAGGACAGCAGGAACCUGUCACACACAUCGCACAGCCACACAGCAUCCGCAUGGAGUCAGGUAAUGUUCUCCCAGAGACAUGUGGUUCAGCUAGCAGGACCUGGGACCAGAGUCUCUACCUGCAGCACCGACGACAUGAGCUCAGAGAUGUUCUCAAAGACCUGGACUUCAACCAGCCUGAGAUAGAUGGCUUGGAGGUGAUUGGCUCAGGCCAGCCCUUCACCUCUGUCACUGUGAAGCAGAGCCCCCUAAUGGAGGAGGAGGAGAGGGAGGAGCUUAGGGAGGUGGAGCAGAAGCAAAACCAUGACCCCCUGUCGCAGUUUGAUGAUGUCAUGCUGGACGCGGUGCUGGUGCCUGCCCUGAGGUUCUGUGGGCAGCCCGCCCGCUGGACAGGCAACUCCACCUCUCACAAGCUGGCAGCGCCUGGCUGUACCACCUUCCCUGACGCCAGGACACAUACAUACACACAGCACUUCUACUUCAACACCUCCACAGGUGUGAUUCUACCAGGUGACAGCAAGCGUGUAGAGUUUAUAUUUAAGUCGGAGGUCCCAGGCAUCAGGACAGAGGUGUGGCGUCUCAACACACACCCUGUCCUGCUGGGCGGAGCCUCCAUCCAGGUGACACUGAGGGGCGUGGCUCUUUACCAGGACAAGACCGCUGACCAGAGACACGCUCUGGAGAGGGAGCUGCAGCAGAGAGAGGCUGCGUCAGUGUGUCGGUCGUUGGUGUGUGACGUGUUACGAGGCGUCCUCACCCCAGAGAGACCCGGCUCCCCUGCGGAGCUCUACACCACCGAGGAAGAACACUUCCACAACAGGAACCCAAAGCUGCAGUACCGUUAUGAGACAGUGGAGGCGCUGAAGAGCCUGUGGCAGCAGGUGACCACAGAAACAGGAGAAGACAGAGAAACAGCCUGGGACCUCUCUGUGUCUACACUACGACAGGCGGUGCUGGCUCUGCCCCAGGGGGACGGGGAGCAGGAUGGACCCCAGGAGAGGCUCACCAGAGAGGGGGCUCUGAGCCUCUAUAACACCCUCCUCCUAGAGCUCACCCAGCCACUCACACAACACACGCCACUACCACACAAUGCUAUAGGGUUGCAGCUGUGGAGAGAGCUGUUGGACGGUCUGGUCAGUGCAGCUCUGUGGCUCAGACAUCUACUGGGUCUCCCUGAGUCAGACACAUGGGGGGAACACACACAGGACCACAACCACAGCUGGGGAAAGACGAAGAAAGAGGAGAAGUUUGAGAAGAAGGCAGGAGCACCCCUGAAGGAGGAGAAGAGGGGAGGAGCACCCCUGAAGGAGGAGAAGAAGGGAGGGGCACCCCUGAAGGAGGAGAAGAGGGGAGGGAGCGUCAAAGAGAGGGAGGAGAAGAAGGGAGCAGCCAAGCCUGCUGUGAAGGAGAAACCAGUGGAGGAGCGUCCGGGCAGUAAGAAGAAGGGUCGUGAGGAGGUGGCGGUAGGGGACAAGCGUCCUGGAGGUAAGACUGGUAAAGAACCAGGCAGAGAGCCCUCCUCCACCACAACCAGCCCUGAGAGUGACUACCAGGACCACCACACUGACUCUACUGUAGAGCCUGAACUACAGGACAAAUACAGGAGACAGCUGCACCAACAGGUGUAUAUUCUAAUGGAAGGCUUAGUGGAUUCUCUGUGUGUGCUGUUGGAUGGGUCUGCAGAGGAACAGACUUGAGCUGACACACACACACACACACACACACACACACACACACACACACACACACACACACACACACACACACACACACACACACACACACACACACACACACACACACACACACACACACACACACACAGCUCUCUAAUCACACUAUAAUAAAUUCCACUCUUCCCUAACACACACAUUUGUACAGAGAAUCCAUCACAGGUGCAGAGGUUUAUUUCCUCACUAUGACAUCAAUAAACUUGCUUUGUGAACUUCC